AUGCUGAUGAGCACUCUACAAAUUGCAGACGAGUGGAAAAUGCCCGGACGAUACCCAAAGCAGUGUUUCAAGAAUGGCUCUUCCUAUGACGGUAUCACAAGGAUGGUUCAAUGGAGAGACAAGAAAGAGCAAUGCAAGGCUGGAUUCCUACGGCACCAUGUCUGUGUACUGGGCAUUGAAGAUCUUCCUUCCAUCUCCGAAUAUCACCAAAUACUUGUAAAUAAGAUGAUGCCAUCGUUUGAUUACGGAGCAAUUGCAUGUGUUUCCGAGCUUUUAUUCAACAGAACUUACCUUGCACAAAAUGAUCAUCCGCUCAACAUGUCUUACUACGAGAACUUACCUGCCUCGGGAAAUCUUAUCGAGCAACCAGUCUAA